AUGUCAUCCGUCGAUCAAUGGCGUAUGGAGCUCAACAACUACUUGCAGCGCAGUCAGCAAACUGGCAUUUUAUCCUGGGAGGUGACCUCUUCUGGGCCGCCUCAUGCGAGAAUAUGGACGGCUGUUGCCUACAUUAGAGGGGUAGAGUACGGACAUGCCUCCGCAAGUACUUCCGCUGGAGCCAAGGAAGAGGCAGCUCGCCAGACUCUUUCGGCAUUACGAGCUGAAAGGGCCGGGUAUUGA